AUGCUCGUGGUAGAAUCGAAGAACACAGCACUGACACAUCCCAGCAAGCCGAUUCUAAAACGGCAGACAGGUGGUCCCAUCAGAGGCGUCAACAUUGGUGGCUGGCUGCUAUUAGAGCCUUGGAUCACACCGUCAAUCUUCCAAGCACAGUCCGGUGUUGUCGACGAGUACACACUGACCCAGAACGUCGGAAACGCCGAGUCGAUUCUGCAGAGUCACUGGGCAUCAUGGGCGACGGAAGCCGACUUCCAGAAAAUUGCUGGUGCCGGUCUGAACCUGGUUCGGAUCCCUGUAGGCUACUGGGCCUUCCAGAAGUAUGAUGGCGACCCAUACAUUCAGGGCGCUGCAGAGUAUCUAGACCAAGCUAUUGGCUGGGCCGCAAAUGCUGGCCUCAACGUCUGGGUUGAUCUCCACGGCGCACCACUCUCGCAGAAUGGCUUCGAUAACUCCGGCCAAAGGACAAACUCUCCUGGCUGGACUGGUGGCGACACCAUUUCUUUUACCGCCGACGUGAUUGGGCAGGUCGCCGAGCGAUACGGCAAUUAUUCCAACGUCGCUGGCAUUGAGCUCCUCAAUGAGCCGCUCAUGGAUGUACUCCCUGGUGGCCGCGAUGGUACUGAGCAGUACACCCAGCAGGGCUACGAUGCAGUCCGUGGUGCUGGUUACGGCGGCAGUGUUGUCUUCUCGGAUGGCUUCGCCGAGUCUAGCUCCUGGAACGGUUUCUUGACUGGCCAGAACACCAUCGUUGACCACCACGAAUACCAGGUCUUUACCGAUGAACUCCUGCAGCUUGACUGGCAAGGACAUGUUGACUAUGCGUACUCAAAUGCUGGGAACUGGGCUGGCGGCGCAGACAAGCCGGUCGUCAAUGGCGAGUGGACAGCGGCUAUGACCGACUGCGCGCCCGCUCUAAACGGCUACGGCAUCGGCGCCCGCUACGAUGGAACUUUCUCGCGCCCAACAUACAACGGCGGUUACGAGAGCUCCGAGUACAUCGGCUCCUGUGCCUCUGUUAACUUCAUUGACCAGUGGACUCAAGAUCUCAAGACGGCAACCACCAACUACAUUCGAGCCCAGAUUGAUGUAUCCGAAACCCAGGCCUCGGGCUGGAUCUUCUGGAACUUCAAGACCGAGGCUGCGGCCGAGUGGGAUUUCUUCAGGCUCCUUGACAACGGUGUCUGGCCCUCAUCAUGA